AUGACAGACGUUCUCUACAGGGCUACCAAGUACAUGAAUGCAGAGGAAGCAUUGCUAGCCCGCGAGGAAAAGCCUAAGAAGAAGGAGAGGCAGGAGAACACGCGACAAGAUAGGGGGCGAAAGGUCGCUAAAACCGGGGAUCAACGUGAUGAAAAGCGCCCUAGACUCCCCACUGGAAGAUUCGCCAAUUUCACCCCAUUAACCACCCCAAUCGACCAAGUAUUGAUGCAAAUUAAAGAUGAAGGAGCAUUGACUUUCCCUGGAAAGUUAAAAGGAGACCCCAACAAAAGACCAAGAGACAAGUAUUGUCACUUUCACCGAGUCCACGGGCACGACACAACCAACUGCUACGACCUGAAGCAGCAGAUUGAGGCCCUAAUCAGGCAGGGGAAGCUACAGAGGUUCGUCAGUAGGGAAAGAACUGAUACACCGGAAGAACAGGCCCCACGACGGGAGAACGAGCGCCCUAGACCACCCAUAGGGGACAUAAGAAUGAUCGUAGGGGGCACAACCGCAGCCGAAUCUUCCAAGAAAGCCCGCAAAACCUACCUCAGAAUGGUCUAUAGCGUCCAACUCACAGGAUUCGUACCAAAGAUGCCACGAAUAGAUAACCCCGUCAUAAAAUUUUCAGAGGAUAACGCUUGGAGACUUCAUCAUCCGUAUGAUGACACACUAGUGGUCAGCUUGCAGAUAGGGGAUUAUAACAUGCACCGGGUCCUCGUCGACAACGGCAGCUCAACAGACAUCCUGUACUAUCCAGCAUUCCAGCAAAUGAGGAUCGACAGGGAACGGUUGGCCUCAACGAACACCCCACUCAUGGGAUUUGGGGGUACGAAAGUGUUCCCUUUAGGCGCAAUAACACUAGCUAUGACGGCGGGGUGA